UCCCCCAUUGCCAAGAUGUCCCAGUCACCUCCAGCUGACGAAGGCAGCACGUUCGCCCACCUCUGGAGCACUCUGGAGCCAGACAGCACCUACUUCGACCUCCCUCCAGCCACCCACGCCGGCAGCAAUGAGGUCUCCAACCAGACAGAGGUCACCAUGGACGUCUUCCAGAUGAGAGGCAUGAAUGACUCGGUGAUGUCCCAGUUCAAUUUGCUGAACAACAGCAUGGAUCAGAGCAUCGGCAGCAGAGCAGCCUCCACCAGCCCCUACAGCUCCGAGCACACCUCCAAUGUCCCAACGCAUUCUCCCUACUCGCAGCCCAGCUCUACCUUCGACGCCAUGUCCCCGGCUCCCGUCAUCCCCUCCAACACCGACUACCCCGGCCCACACCACUUCGAGGUGACCUUCCAGCAAUCCAGCACCGCCAAAUCAGCCACCUGGACAGUGGGGACCGAGUUCACCACCAUCCUGUACAACUUCAUGUGCAACAGCAGCUGCGUGGGAGGGAUGAACAGGAGGCCCAUCCUCAUCAUCAUCACCCUGGAGACGAGAGAUGGCCAGGUCCUGGGCAGGAGGUCCUUCGAGGGACGGAUCUGUGCCUGCCCCGGCAGGGACCGGAAGGCCGACGAGGAUCAUUUCCGGGAGCAGCAGGCGCUGAACGAGAGCGCGGCCAAGAACGGCAACGCCAACAAGCGCACCUUCAAGCAGAGCCCCCAGAGCAUCCCAGCGCUGGGGACCGGCAUCAAGAAACGGAGGCACGGGGAGGAGGAGAUGUACUACGUGCCUGUUCGGGGCCGGGAGAACUUUGAGAUCCUGAUGAAGAUAAAGGAGAGCCUGGAGCUGGUGGAGCUGGUCCCGCAGCAGCUGGUCGAUUCCUACCGGCAGCAGCAGCAGCAGCUCCUGCAGAGGCAGAGCCAGCUGCAGACACCUUCCUCCUACGGACCCGUCCUCUCCCCCAUGAACAAAGUCCACAGCGCAGGGAUCAACAAGCUGCCCUCUGUGAACCAGCUGGUGGGGCAGCCAGCCCAGCACGGCCCUGGCACUGCACCCAGCCUGGGCCCCAUGGGACCUGGAAUGCUGAACAGCCAUCCCAUGCAGCCCAACGGGGAGAUGAACGGGGGCCACUCGUCCCAGUCCAUGGUGUCGGGGUCCCACUGCACCCCCCCGCCGCCCUACAACCCUGACCCCAGCCUCGUCAGUUUUUUAACAGGAUUGGGGUGUCCAAACUGCAUCGACUAUUUCACCUCACAAGGGUUACAGAAUAUUUACCACCUGCAGAACCUAUCCAUAGAGGAUCUCGGAGCACUGAAGAUCCCGGAGCAGUACAGGAUGAUCAUCUGGCGGGGUCUGCAGGAGCUCAAGCAGAGCCACGACUACGGGGCCCAGCAGCUGAUCCGCUCCAGCAGCAACGCCUCCACCAUCUCCAUCGGCAGCUCCGGGGAGCUGCAGCGGCAGCGGGUGAUGGAGGCCGUGCACUUCCGCGUGCGCCACACCAUCACCAUCCCCAACCGCGGCACCGCCGACGACUGGGCCGACUUCGGCUUCGACCUCCCGGACUGCAAAUCCCGCAAACAGUCCAUAAAGGAGGAGUUCACGGAGGGAGAGAUCAACUGA